AUGGAGAAAGAAGAAAAUAGGGCAAGCAAGCAAGAAGUAGAAGAUGGCAUUGGCAUUGAAAAUUCGACGAUUGGGUAUGACCCGAAUCGCAUACCUGCCUCCAUUUUCUCUACCAAACCCACUAACCCAAGCGAGUGGAGUGUGGCCUCCAACGAGUCUCUAUUCAGCAUCCACAUGCCCAACAAUAGUUUCUCGCGCGAUUACGCCAUUUUAUAUGGAAAAUCAGUCGAUCUUCAGGACUCCCAGCUUAGGAUGUCCGGCGAGCUCCCCAGACUCGACGAAUGGAAUAAAUCACAAUUAAAGUCGAGCGAGUUAAUAGGGCUUCCUGUCAAGUCCAGCCACGUGAAGCCACAACAAGACAUAAGAAAAAGAAUCAAAUAUUGGCAGCAAAAGCAUCUUGGUCAACCUGAUGUUGUUACAACUAAUAAAACGGACAUUACAAAAACUUUGAGUAGUCCCCACACCUUCCCGAGCCCACCUCGCUUUUCUCACGACAGUGGAAACAACAGUGCCAACUCCUUUGCAUUCCCAUUAUUGUUGAACGAUCAUGGAAAGCCUGAAUCUUUAAAAGUCGUACCAGAAAAGCCCGAGCCACCAGCAUCGCGAUCAGAAGAUUUGAAACUAACUUCAAAUGCUUCAGAAACAAGAUGGUUUUCUUUUGUCAUGUGUUGGCCUAAAUGCUGUUGA